AUUUCCUCAGGAAGCCAACUGCAAGUCGUAAACGCUGUCUACUCUUCCUCUCUCUCUCUCUCUGACUCUGCGCUCUCUCGCACAAACAGUUUUUGUUUUUCCCCAUAGCUUAAGACAAAUUUUUACAGCUAUCACUUAAAUCAUCAUAACAUCUCAUUACUCGCACAUGAUAAACAACCAAUUUCACAAUCUCCCAAACUUUAUACCUCAUUCAUUACACUUAUUAAUAACAAAAUCCCACUCACUAUCACAAAAAUCACUCAAACAAAAAAACGAAAAUGCUCGGACACGAAGGAGAAACCCCGUCCAGGUACGAAUUGUUGAACAUGGUGAAGAAACACUCAAACUCGUUAGGGCAAACAGAACUAUUAAUGGACCAACAACAACAAGACGGUGCUCCAGACGACGUCGAAUUGGAUCAGCUGUUUUGGCACGAUAUCUUGGAUUUGUAUUUUGUUCGCGGCAAAGAGUCUAGGGGUCGCCAAGACGACGAUCUUUUAUUUUUCAUCAGGAAAUUGGGGUCCCAAGGAUAUGGAUUCAAUGACAAUUUGGAAGCUAUUGCUCCUUACUUUGUUCGCAGGUGGGCACCUAAGUUGGAUACGUUAGUCGGUGAGAUUUCUGUUGAAGUGGAUUGGAGGCGAUCAUUUUACUUGAACUUGAUUGCUCACACUACAUUCACUGUGACAGUGGCUAUUUGCAGUCAUGAGGACCUUCGGAAUCAUCAAUCUGGGCAAGACAAACCAUUGUCACCUAUAUAUAAGGUUGUUAAAACGGUUUAUGCAUCCCCAAGUCGUGUCAAUUUUCAUUUGGAUUCCAAAAAGGAAGUGGAGACAACACCUGCCUAUCCAGAUAUCUGUUUUGCAGUUGAUGACUUUGAUUCUACCUUUGAUGCAGUGGUAUUGACGGAAAUAGACCAUUGCUAUUGUGUACUUCUUAAUGCACAUGGCGGGGCGGCAUUUCCUAGUGAAGAUGCACAUUGUGGGGCAGCAUCUAGUAGUGAAAAGGAGUCUCAAGAUUCCAGUUCCAGUGAUACUUCCUCUUUGAGAGUUGAUACUAAUUCUGGAAAGACAAAAAAUACUAAGCUUACUCUUUUCUCAGGAUUUGUCAGCUAUCAAAUGGUUCGAGAUGCAUAUGAUGCUGGAAAAUCACGAUUUGGGAGCCUUUUAUCGCUUGGUCAUUCCCCUGGCAAAACAGACAGACUGUACAUGAAAGGUCCUGGUGGACGUGGGGAAGUUGAAGUUGCUGUUUCUGGUGUUGUAGAGAUUGUGUCAAAUACUGAACCUAGAAGUGCUAUAUCAGAUCAGAGCCAAGAGGAUUCAGGACCUUUUUCACCAGUCAUGUCGAAAAGAGGAUUUGGGAUUGGCUCAAUUUUUCGGAAAGCAGCAUCUGUUGCAUCUGUGGCUGCAAAACAUGCCUAUGCAGCUGCUGCUUCCUCCAGCACAAGUUCUGAUGAUGAAAUGGUGCCUCUGAAAUGCUGCUUAAUGUCCAUUUCAUUGCCCUGGGAACACAUUGCUUAUGACAUGUUAUUUAAGGGAAGUCCUCCGGUGAACCUGUAAGGUAAAAGGACCAUAUGUUUGCACAUCCGUGAAAUUGCAGAAUGGAUAUGGUGAUAAAACCUGGGAGGAAAGCAUGAGAUUAUCAGAGGCAUGGAGUUGCAACCUGCGAGAAUAUGAAAGAAAGUUAUUUUGUAAUCUAAGUUGUAUAUGGAAAUCCCCUCCUCUCUCUCUCUGCAUAUUUGGUCUUGGUCAAGUGUCUCAUAGCUUUGUUAAAAUAUUGUAAAUCAAUUUAUUUUAAGUUAGUAAAUGUAGUGUCACGCCAAGUUCACAGUUCA